GGGACACGACACGAGCCUGAUUGAAACAUGUCCGCCUCACGCGCGCUCCUCUCCAACCCGCACGCCGUCGCGAGCCCGACGGCGUCGAGGGCGGCGCGGGCCCGCCUCGCCGCGCCCUCAAGGACGGCGGCCCCGCUCGCGCGCCUCCGCAUUCGAUCCGCGAUCCUGUCCUCGCCGGCUGCCGCGGCACCCGUGGCCACGGCCUCGGAGCCGAGGCGCCGGAUCUCGCGCACGGGCUCGGACGCGUCGCUGCGGCCCAAGCCCGCGGUGCUGGUGGCGGAGAAGCUGGGCGAGGCCGGGCUGGCCGUGCUGCGCCAGUUCGCGGACGUGGAGUGCGCCUACGGCAUGUCCCCCGCCGACCUCCUCGCAAGGGUGGCGCAGUUCGACGCGCUCAUCGUGCGCAGCGGCACCAAGGUCACCAGGGAGGUGCUGGAGGCCGGGCGGGGCCGCCUGCGCGUCGUGGGCCGGGCCGGCGUCGGGAUCGACAACGUCGACCUCCAGGCGGCCACCGAGGCCGGCUGCCUCGUCGUCAACGCGCCCACCGCCAACACCGUCGCCGCCGCCGAGCACGGCAUCGCGCUGCUCGCCUCCAUGGCGCGCAACGUCGCGCAGGCCGACGCCGCGCUCAAGGCCGGUAAAUGGCAAAGAACCAAGUAUGUCGGAGUUUCCCUUGUUGGAAAGACUCUUGCCAUCAUGGGCUUUGGAAAGGUUGGCUCAGAGGUAGCAAGGCGAGCGAAAGGGCUUGGGAUGCAUGUGAUUGCCCAUGAUCCCUAUGCCCCGGCUGAUAAGGCCCGUGCCAUCGGAGCUGAGCUGGUAUCUUUUGAGGAGGCCAUAGCCAAAGCUGACUUCAUCUCCAUCCACAUGCCGCUCACCCCAACGACAUCCAAGGUCUUCAACGACGAGUCCUUCAAAAAGAUGAAGACCGGUGUACGGAUCAUCAAUGUGGCUAGGGGUGGAGUGAUCGAUGAAGAUGCUCUGGUUAGAGCACUUGACUCUGGCAAAGUUGCUCAGGCGGCUCUUGAUGUCUUCACAGUGGAGCCCCCGCCAAAGGACAGCAAGCUGGUUCUUCAUGAAAAUGUCACUGUUACGCCUCAUCUAGGAGCAAGCACAGUGGAGGCCCAGGAAGGCGUCGCAAUCGAAAUAGCCGAAGCUGUCGCCGGUGCACUGAGAGGUGAACUCUCAGCGACUGCUGUGAAUGCUCCCAUGGUCCCAGCAGAGGUUCUUUCAGAGCUCGCUCCCUAUGUUUCACUGGCAGAGAAGCUGGGGAGGCUGGCAGUGCAGCUCGUGGCCGGAGAAAGUGGCAUCAAGGGUGUCAAAGUAGUGUACACCUCAGCGAGAGGCCCUGACGACUUCGACACUAGGCUCCUCCGCGCAAUGGUGACCAAGGGCAUUGUGGAGCCCGUGUCUAGCACAUUCGUCAACCUCGUGAACGCUGACUACACAGCAAAGCAGCGCGGCCUGCGCAUCACAGAGGAGCGGGUCUCCCACGACAGUGGCGCCGCCGAGGCACCGCUGGAGUCCAUCCAGGUCCGUCUGUCGCACGUCAAGUCCAAGUUCGCCGGCGCAAUCAGCGACGGCGGGGACAUUGUCCUUGUAGGCAGGGUGAAGUAUGGCGUACCCCACCUGACCGUUGUUGGUCCGUAUGAGGUUGACGUUAGCAUGGAGGGCAACCUGAUCCUCUGCCGGCAGAUCGACCAGCCUGGGAUGAUCGGCAAGGUCGGGAACAUCCUCGGCCAGAAGAACGUGAACGUUAGCUUCAUGAGCGUCGGCCGGACCUUCCGUGGCAAGCAGGCGAUCAUGGCCAUCGGCGUCGAUGAGGAGCCUGACAAGGAAACGCUCGAGAAGAUUGGUGCGAUCCCGGCGGUUGAGGAGUUUGUGUUCCUUGAGCUAUGAUGAUUGAAGGGAAGUCUGCCUAGGAUAAGUAGUAGCGCAUCGUCGGUUUUAUGGCCACGCGGAGCAAGUGAUCCGUGGUCCGUCGCGGGACUUCUACAUUUUUGAAGCCUGAAGAUUGGAAGAAGUAUACAUAGGCAGGGCGCCUUCGCUUGGCCCCUGUUUGAAUAAAAACGAUGUAUGUGUGUAUGUAUGCCCUGUGUGUUGAUGUAUGUUUGUGGAGAACAGUACUGCCAUAUUGUAUUGUUUGAUGCAAUAAAAAUGUGCUAGUAGCCUAGUAUACUACUACAGCUUCA